AUGACAUCGACUACCGGAACAAAUGACGCUGCCGAAGGCGGCGCUGGCUUCUGCGUGCACUGUGUGAGCGGUUUCCGCAUCCCCGGCGAGCCCAAGGGCAAACUGGAAACCAUCCAUGGCCUCUCCACGUACGUUGCCACGCCCACCAGCCCCUCUGCGGACAGCGCCAGCAAAGCGAUCAUCUACUUCUACGACGCAUUCGGCCUCAAGCUUGCCAACAACAAGGUGAUCCCGGACAAGCUCGCCGACGCCACGGGCCUGACUGUGUACGUGCCCGAUGUGUUCAACGGCGGGGGUGUCAGCGAGGAGUCGUUGUCCGUAGCGCCCUCGACCGCUGCCGACAUGAAGGCCGCGUCGCUGUUCACAAAGCUCAAGGUCGGGGCAGCGUUCGCCAUGGCGGGCCCGUUCUUUGCACGCCACAUGCCCGCGUUCAAGGUGCCCAAGCUUAAGAAGUGGAUUGACGAGCUCAAGGCCUCUCAGGGGUACACCAGGCUCGGCGGUGUUGGUUACUGCUAUGGUGGCAAGCUCGUCAUUGCGCUCAACGCAACGGACCACAUUAAUGUGUCGGUGGCCAACCAUCCGAGCAUGAUCACCAAGGGCGAUAUCGCGGCGAUCAAGAACCCGAUCCUGUUCAACUGCGCCGAAGAGGACCCCAUAUUUUCGCAGGACUACGCCAAGGAAGUGCAGAAGCAGUGGGCCGAGGCGGGCGACAAGCCGGCUCACGAAUUCAUCUUCUACCCGAACACGGUCCAUGGCUUUGCCGCCAGACCCAACCUCGCCGACACACAGGUUAAAGAGGCGUUCGAAAAGGCCUUUACCGCCGGUGUCGAGUUCUGGAAGGCUCAUCUUUGA